UACAAAUUAGAACGAAGCGACUGAAUUACAUUUUACUCCGUUGGAAUACUUUUAGAAAGUAUGUCUCUUUCUGCAGUCAGCCAAGAUUAUUGGAGCGAGGUGGAACGGUAUACGAUCAGGGAAAGGUGUAAGUUUAUGUUCAACAACGAGCUCUUGAGCGAUGUGAAGUUUGUUGUGCGAGACACUGAGGGCGGAAGUGAAAGUAUGAAGACGAUUCCAGCUCACAAGUUCGUGUUGGCGAUCAGCAGUCCAGUAUUUUACGCCAUGUUCUACGGUGAACUAGCAGAGACAAAAGACUUCAUAAACAUCUCUGACUGCGAGUAUCAAGGCAUGAUGGAGCUGUUUCGCUUUAUUUACAGCGAUGAAGUGACUUUGAACGCGGACAUUGUUAUGCAAGUGUUGUAUUUGGCGAAGAAAUACAUGCUUCCUUCUCUUGUUGACAAGUGCACGGAAUACCUGGGAGAGAAUCUGGAUGCAUCGAACGUGUUUCAUGUCCUGCCAGAGGCACAGAAAUAUGAAGAGAAAGAUCUGGUGGAUAAGUGCUGGACAGUGAUCGAUAAACAUGGAAACGAAGCUGUGAAAUCGGAUGCUUUCGUAACUAUUGAGAUAUCUCUGCUAGAGAAAUUAAUAGAGAGGGAUUCUUUGAAUGUUGCAGAAUUGGAGUUAUUUAAAGCUGUGGACUGCUGGGCGAGAUAUGAAUGUGAAAAGAAAAACCUUGCAGCUGAGGGUUCUGUGAAAAGGAGAAUCCUAGGAGAAAAGAUUAUCAGAAGCAUUCGCUUCCCGGUAAUGGAAGAAAGAGAAUUCGUCAAAUUUGUUCUUGACCGUGAGAUAUUGACACCGAAAGAAGCUUACAACAUGAUGAAGUACUUCAAUGGCGUUCUUAGUCAUCCAAUUGAAUUUGUCGAAAAGAAAAGAACUGGGCUUUUGCGACGAUUGUGCAGGUUUGCAUCAAUAGCAAAUGGGUUGCAUUAUUCCACUACCUAUUUCAGGCCGCGUAGGACUAUUUCCUUCGUUGAUUCAAUCGUCCUUUCGGUUGAUAAAGAGAUAGAACUGAAGUCUGUUCGAUUAUUUGGUAGCGAGAACAACGAAUACUCUGUGACUCUAAACGUCACUGAUAUUGCUGCUGAUCUUGUUUUGGUUACUGAAAGUGGCAAUUUUACAUCAAUUCCUGUUCAGAGUGCCAUUGGCAAUUAUCAUGGCUUCGAUGUAGUUUUGAAGCGUGCGGUUACCUUGCUGGCAAAUGAAAAUUAUUGUUUUGAAGUUCGUAUUGACGGCCCUCAGUCUUGGUAUGGUAUAGGUGGGGUGUCCGUUAGUGAACACUCUGGAGUCGUGUUCUCUUUCAAAGAAAGACACCGGACACAAACAGGGGAACGUAGCAAUGUUGCAGAUGGACAAUUUGCCGAGUUUGAAUAUAGCUUAAAAUGAAUUCCGCAAUUGCAACUUGCCUUAUCAUCAAGUGAAAGAAAGUUUUCCUUUCCCGCACAAGUAAGCUAUAAGAAUCAUGAUUGGAACUAACAAGAAUUGCAAACGAAAAGACUGCGAAAAAAAAAGAACAACAACAACAACACCACCAAGAGAUUUUCAAAAUAUCCCCAAAGUAGUUUUACUGGAUGCAAGACAGGUCAGGAAAUGGCUCACCUUUCUUUCAUAAUGGUAUGCAAUUUAGUAGUCCGAGGAACGAGUUACGAGUAGCUGCACACUUGAAAAGUUGAAAUGAAAUUGAGAUCAGUUGCUUUUGAUUACUAACCAUUGAUAAGCUUCAAAACUUAGCAGAAAUCUCUUAUUAAAUAGCCGUUUCAAGAAUCCUUCAAGGUUGAUUUGAUUAAUAUCACGUGAUUUUCUUACUUUGGUUUUUUUAAUCGAUG